UUGCAGUGGGUCCAGGUCCUUGCUGAGUUAAGUGUUGAUUCCAGCCAUGACCAGCCUCUCAAAGCAUUUCAUCAUCGUAGAUGUGAGUGCUACUGGAUGACAGUCAUUAAGGCAACUCUUGGACACUGGUAUUAUUGUUGCCCUUUUGAAAUGGGGGAAUUGAAAGUGCCUUUGAAUACCCCUGCCAGUUGGUUGAUGCAGGUUUUCAGAGCUUUACCAGGUACUCCAUCAGGCCCUGCUGCCUUCCGAGGGUUAAACCUUCUGAAAGACAGCCUGACGGCGGCCUUGGAGACAGAGGUCACAGGGUCACUGAAUGCUGCAGUGAUCCUUGUAGCUGUGGUUCUAUUCCCAUUUUCAAAGCAAGCAUAAAAGGCAUUGAGCUCAUCUGGUAGUGAAGCAUCACUGCCAUUCAUGAUGUUGGAUUUGAAGUUCUUAGGAUUAUUAGUGGAAGUAAACAAUUACCUAAUUUGGGUGCAAGUGUAAAGCGUUAAUAGUGUGUGAGAAACAGUAUAGGUAAAAAGGAAGAAAUUGUAGUUAAUAUUGUUUUGUAUGUUAGCUAUAAACAGGAAAAAUUAUCAGCAAAGACUUAGUCACAUGAGCUACCAACACAAAACUGUUCUUUUACAUCGCCACCCAAAAUCAAAAGUUACUGAACAACUCAAUUACCUAAUUAAGUGAUGCACUUAUUUGGAGAAUGGGCUGGAUUGACAAUCCAGGUUAUUUUUGUUGACCAUUUAGUCAAAAACACUGAAAAUUGCUUGCUGUUUUCAUUCCAAUAGUGCUCCAAUGUUGGAAUUCAGUCAUAGAGAGCUAAUUGUCUGCCGUUUCCAGCAGUUACAAUUGGAAAUUGUAUUUCUUGAGAAGUUGACAGAUUUGUUGUCAACUCAAACUGAGUGGAAUGGCAAUGUCCUGACUAACCAGGGGCUGCAUUUGUUAGAUUUGUUCUAAUUAAGUACAAAUCUCUGCACAUGGGAAUUGCAAGCAGCUCACUGAGGCUAUAUACUGUGCACCAUUUCUAAGUAAAGGUUUUGUUUGCUGAACCCCCUUACAUUGUUUUGUUUAUUGAUUGGAGGUGUAGCUGAAUAUUGGCUAUAAAAAAAUGACUGUGUUCCAAGCACACUAAAUUUGAAGAAACCACGUCUUUUUUUUUCCAGUUGACAACAUUCCAGCCAAAUCAUGAGUUGAAGUAUUUAUUUCAUGUGUGCACGAGACCGACGCCACAAAGCUGUGUAUGCAUCUGUUCUAGCAACUGCCAGUCCAUGUCCAACCUGCAACCGCCUGUGUGCUUCGGCCUCCGAAGCCACAUGCGUAUCCAGAUGACUGUACCACCACCAUGAGUACAUAUCUUUUAUUUUCUACCAACUAUAUCAAUAGCUGUCAAUUUAACAUGAAAACUCCCCAACCCCUCCAAACAACUUAGUCUGCAAUAGAGAGAUCUAUAAUUGGCUGUUUGCUCUGACACGGAGAGCUUAGUUACCUGAUAGCGUGGGAAGCAACUUUAGGGGAACCAAUUCCUUGGGUGGGUACAAAAUAGCAUUAGUUGUAGUAUUGGGAGGUUAACAGCCUUAACCCAGUGUCCGUAUAAAUAUUUAUUUUUAAUAAUACCAGGUACUGUACCUGUACAGUUCCUGCUAUUUGCUGUGCACAAAUUAGCUGCUCCCGUUCUUGCAUAUGAAAAAAAUACAAGUUAUGCAUGCGAUUUCCGUAGCGCAAAUGGUUACUUGCUGUGAUCUGCAUUAAAACACAGUGGCCAUGCGCGGUUAGCUGAAUGUUUAAAUGAAAAGGUGAAUAUCAGCUGUACCUGUGAUGGGUCAGCUCCAACCCGGAACAUUCCAUCGGACCGUGUUCGCAUGGGAAACGGACCUGGUUUCUCACCCGGAGUGGUAGCUAAGGUGCGGUCCGUUCCGGUGACGGGCCGGAUGUCUGCGUGUUGUGCUGGUAGGGGGAUGGCGAGUUCGGGCUCUGCGGCGCCUGGGGCGGACAGAGGUCCCGGCCCUGGUCGCUCCUCCGGAGAGAACGCUAGCCAAGACAGUACGUUCGAGUGCAACAUCUGUCUGGACACGGCCAAGGACGCAGUGAUCAGUCUCUGCGGUCACCUGUUUUGCUGGCCUUGUUUACAUCAGUGGUUGGAGACCAGACCUAAUCGACAGGUUUGCCCUGUAUGCAAAGCAGGCAUCAGUCGAGACAAAGUGAUUCCCCUUUAUGGAAGAGGAAGUACUGGUCAGCAGGAUCCCAGAGAGAAAACUCCACCGAGACCACAGGGACAGAGGCCUGAGCCAGAGAGCAGAGGGGGUUUCCAAGGUUUUGGGUUUGGAGAUGGAGGAUUCCAGAUGUCUUUUGGGAUUGGUGCAUUUCCGUUCGGAAUUUUUGCAACAGCUUUUAAUAUUAAUGAUGGCCGUCCACCGCCAGCAGUCCCUGGAACACCCCAACAUGUGGAUGAACAGUUCUUAUCUCGCCUUUUCCUCUUCGUGGCUCUUGUGAUAAUGUUUUGGCUCCUCAUUGCCUGAGGACAAACCGCAAUCUUUAACACGAGUCCUGUGCGUGGUCUGAAAUGUGGGCAAUGAACAGGAUUGUCUGUUUUUCUACCUUUGGAUCCGUAUUAGGGGCAAAAAUUAUAUCAAAUAGAAACUAAAAUCAGCUUCUAAUGGGAUAGGUUUUGAUCGACUGUGAAUGAGUUUAAAAGGUUCCUUUUCUCGGGCUGUAAUUUUGUCGCAGUGUCUGUUUCAGUGAGGUUGAGUGGUGUGCCCACUCACCGGACACAAAGUUUGUGGUGGUCUAUAUCACUGCUGCACUAUCAUUGUGCAAAAGGCCAAAGAAGCUGUUUGGUAAUAGAAGAAAUAGCCUUUGAGUGAAAGAGCCCGGAGAUUUAAGCAGCAUGUAUCAAACAGCUUGGUUGCUUAAAUCAUCUGAUGAAGAUGAGUGUCUCAACUCCUCGACUUGAGCAGCAGUGCAAACCAGUGCUGAGAACCCAUCUGCUGCUCAAUGGAAUAGAAAAUUUCCUACAAUACUAUUCAAAGAAAGACUGGGAAAUCUGUGAGAAACAUUACUCAGUUAUGUAUUGAUCAUUGUGGGAUCUCUCAGGACCUGAACUGACUGGCACUUUUCCCUACAUCAUAUUGACUAUAGUUCAAAACAACUUCUUGGUUGUGAAGAUUUUUGUAAAUUGAGGGUGGUAAUAAUUGUAAUUUCUUCGUUUUGCCUGCUUUUAAUUUCAAAUGUCAUGUUAUACAGUGACAAGGGGGACUUGUCUUUCAUCUGCACACUUCCUGGUCACUCAGUAAUGGUCUACCUUGUUCUACCCAUCCCUGCUGGGACACUAAUAUUGAGAGAUAUUUCUCAGUGACCAAUUACCUACUCCGGUGUCUGUAAUAAUGGAUUUGCCUUUAGCAAAGCUGUUCAUCAGCACUUUUUAUUAAUUAUUCAUGGGACCUGCACCUCAAUAGCAAUUACCUGCCCCUUGAGCCAUUUCAGAAGACUAAGUCUUGACCAUUUUAGUGAGUCUAGAAUUGUAGGUAGGGCAAAACAGCAAACAUCUUUGGACUCUCCCUGUAACAUGAGGAGCCAGGGUUCAACCUGUUCUGAGACCCUGAGAAGACCCUCAGUGAGAGUUGUUUAAAGGGACAGGUUAAGGCCAGGGUGGCAGUCACUGAUCAGAGGCCCCACUAUAGUUCAGUCCUGGGCAUAACAAGCUGCAGAAUGAAGUGGGCUGUAUGGUAUUUGGGCAGUCCUGCAACCAGAUAGAAGGAAUGAGUUACUGAUGGAUGAAGACCGGGUUACUGGAUUGUGGGAAAGCUCCAGGGUUCUGUCCUAUGGCUCAGCUAGUUAGUGGAGCUACUGGAAGUGAUUGGGAAUGCCUGUGCCUUGCCAGAUUGACACUGUUGGGAGAGAAUAACACCUUUAUACGACAACAGGUGGCUAUUAGAUGUAUCAAAAUGUAUUUUUAAUUUAAUAUUGUAUUUCUGGCUUUGUAUCAGAUGUCAAAUAAAUACAGAACAUAAAUUAAUUGAUGACUUAGUAUAGAUUCUUUGUCCUGAUUAAUGGAAAUAUUAAAACAUAAUUUUAUUGAAAACGUUAUCAGUGGCAAGUAAACGGUGGGGCUGGGCUAAGCUAAAUUCUGCAGUUUGCUUCAAGUACUUGCACUACCUGGUUCCCUUGAGGCAGAACAUAUUACAUUCAAGCUCCAGCACACAAUCUGAUGCAGCAGGUAGUGCUGCUGCUUUGUAACUCCAAAGUCCCAGUCCUGACCUCUGCAAAAUUCACACAUUCUUCCCCCAACCUUGUGGGGUCCACCAUCCCCCAAUUUCCUCCCAUGUCUCAAAGUUGUGUGGGUUGCUAGGUU